CGGAGCUCUCCUGCCCCAAGCCUCCCCCACCCCACGCCUCCCCCGCAGCUUCCCUCUCCUUGUUCCCCUCCUCUUUCCCCAUGGUGAUCCACGGCGAGGAGAAGGCUCAAUUUUUCUUCGAUCUACUCGGCGGCGGCCAUUUCCAGGUCCUCCUCCUCGGUGCUGCGGCGGCGGGGCCGAGCAGCAGAAGUGGACGCGCGAGUAUGCGGCAAAGGAGGUCACCUUCGGCGUUGGCGCGCACGCCGGCAUGCUGCGGUGCGUUAACGAACUCGCGAACGCCGUCAAGGUCACCAUGUGCGGUGCGAAUGGAGGGGCCGCGGCGGCGGCGCCGUGGUGGAGGCUUCCCGUGGAAGUGCUGCUACUGUGGGCGACGCGCGCAGCGAGGAGCGCGUGGUCGGUGCCCGUCGCCAUCGCGCUGCUCGGGAUCGCCGUGCGGGGCCGCCGGAUGCGGAGGCAGAGCAAGGCCGUGGCGCGCUUGCGGCUUGUCCUUGACGAUAAGGUCUAGGUUAUUCAGGCCAAUGACAGGUAUUCCUUCAGGAGCUGCUAGCUAACAAAAUUGUCCAUUGUAGUUCAGUGAUUGCACAAAAUGUGUCCAAAAUCUAGCCUAAUUUAUUUACUGUCAGUAUCCUAUGUUGUAAUUCAGAUGUUUACAAAUUCAGUGCCACACUGAAAUUUUGAUCUACCUUAACCAAGUUCAGUAAAUCUUAACUCUUAAUGUCAGAUUGUUAAUUCUGAAACUGUGAUUUCUGGAGUACAUGUGGAGUAGUAGGAUCUGAAGAUUUUGUGUGUCUAGAUGUCGUUGCUGGAGUACAUUAUCUACCAAAAUCACCGCAAUCAAGAGUACACAAAGUCUAGAUAUGCACCAUGUUCCUGUUAAUUCUGAAACACACCCUGUUAGUUGCUACUCCAUCUAACAGUGUUGCCACCAUGUUCUUGUCCUGUUAAUCAAGAGUGCUACUCCAUCUAACUGUCAUGAGGGAUUAUAUAUGGUGAAUUUGCAAUGCAAUGCCAGUACUACACCUGACGAUUUGCAACGCCAGUGUGAAUUUGCCAGCAACAAAAUUCCUGUUGUUAAAUUGUGAGAAAAUUAGAGUUUCUUAGAUAAAUUGUGAGAAAAUUAGAGUUUCUCAGAUAUGCCAGCAACAAAAUUCCUGUUGUUAAAUUUACUGAAAAUUCAGUUAAUUUGGCUUUACUGUAAACUUUACCGAAACUAAAUUCAGUUAACUCCUUACAAUAAUUUGGAAUUUGACCACAAGGAGCUGUCAACAAGAAUGUUCCAAUGAACUAUUUUUUGGAUGACCCAUAAGACUAACUGAAGAAAACCGUAUGUAUAAAGACUGCAACUUUUUGAUUGAAAAUGUUAUUCUCCUGGUCAAGACUACAACAUUUGAUUGAUUGUUUUGAAAAAAAAUACUGCUGUCUUCAGGAAUCUGGUGGAACAUUGGUCUGUUUCCAAAAUAAAUUGAUUGAUUGUGCACUGAAAAUAUUUGGAAAUAUACUCCAGACUUGAGGAAUUGGUGGAAUCAUAUUGAUUCUUUCCAAAAUAAAAUUGAUUGAUUGUGCACUGAAAUUAUUUGGAAAUAUACUCCAAUCUCGAGGAACCUGGUGGAAUCAUAUUGAUUGUUUGUUUCCAAAAAUGGAUUGUUAAUUUGCUUCCAAAAAAUGAUUGAUUGUUUGUUUCCAAACAUCUUCAUGCGUCCAGGAAUGCCUACGAGAGGCGGGGCCGGUGAUUGGAUUCGUAGCAGCAGCAGCAGCAGAGGCGGGGGCGAGGAAAGAGCGUUCCACCAGCCAAGCUUGGCUACCAGCUCGGUGACCGUCGGGUGGGCGAUUCCGUCACUUAGGUGGCCGGCAGUGGCGGUGGGCGGCGGAAUCACGCAGGUAGGUGGCGGCGGAAUCGCGCAGGUGGUCGGCGGUUGGUCCUGGCGACGCGCGGGGGAAUCGGGGACCAGCUCGCCUCCGGUGGGCGGCGGAAUCAAUGGGCAGCUGUUCUCGGGUGGGCGGCGCGGGUGUUCGUGGGUGUCUGCGAGCGCCGGAAUCACCAGCACGGCGGCGGAAUCCGACCGCGCCGGCCCCUGGCGACGGGCGGAGGACGGGCGGAGGGAGGAGAAGGAGACUGGUACCUACUUCAGACAGUUUUCAAAUUUCGAGGGUUGUUUUGCAAAAAGAACAUUACACUGCGCUCUGGACAACUUUUCCCGGACGGAGGGAGUAGAAAUCACUGCUGAUGUUCUCUUUCCGUUUUCUUACCCACAAGUUUCUUCGUAAAAUUGUUAUGUUUUGUGUGCGGUGUUUGCAUUUGAAAUAGUAACCGAACCUUGUGUCCUUUAAAUUUGGAAGGAAGCAAUUGUGGA